ACUCACCUUGCAGUCAGUUCAUAUAUCGUUAUUUCACUUUGAUUCCUAAAGAGCAACCAUGUCUCAUCAAUCCAGCUCUGGGCACAAGAAUUUCAGUUCUUCUUCAGCUUGCUUGUCCUCUCCAAGCAAACACAGUGUUUGCUCCUUCACUACAAGUAAAGUGUCCAUUGGUCACAAAGUGAUUCCAAGUUUUGGCAGCAAAAGCGUGUACAGUGUUGUCUCAGGUGGACACAAGAUAUCAACCGGAAGCUAUCUACCAUUUAAAAGUGAACGCGGACAUGGCUUUGGUGGAUCAUUAUGCCUUGGGGGCAUCAACCAAGUUACUGUCAACAAGAGUCUACUGGCUCCUCUCAACCUGGAAAUUGACCCAAGCAUCCAGAGACUGAGGACAGAUGAAAAAGACCAAAUCAAAGGCCUGAAUAACAAGUUUGCUUCCUUUAUUGACAAGGUGAGAUUUUUGGAACAACAGAACAAGAUGCUGGAGACCAAGUGGGCCUUACUACAAGACAAAAAAGCUGUCAAGAGUCACAUUGAACCCCUGUUUGAGGCUUAUAUCAGUAACCUCAGGAGACAGCUGGAAAAUCUGGCAUGUGAGAGAGCAAAUCUGGAGGCCGAAAGGAGAAAUGUGGAGGAUGCAGUAGAAGAAUUCAAAAGAAAAUAUGAAGAAGAGGUCAACAGACGUACUGCUGCAGAGAAUGAAUUUGUUGGGCUAAAGAGGGAUGUCGAUGCUGCUUUUAUUAACAAAGCUGAACUUCAAGCCAGUGUGGACUCUUUGACUGAUGAGAUCAACUUCCUGAGAGCUCUCUAUGAUGCAGAAAUAGCUCAGCUUCAAGCUCAGAUCUCCGAUAUCUCAGUUGUUGUGUCCAUGGAUAACAGCCGGGAUCUGAACCUGGACAGCAUUAUUGCUGAGGUUAAAGCUCAAUAUGAGGAAAUUGCUAACAGGAGCCGAGCUGAAGCAGAGGCCAUGUACCAGUCACGGUAUGAGGAGCUGUGCAUGACUGCGGGCAAACAUGGAGAUGACCUACGUAACACCAAGCAUGAGAUUGCUGAGCUUAACAGACUGAUCCAGAGACUCAAAGGAGAAAUAGAGAGUGUAAAAGCUCAGCGCUGUAAGCUGGAAGCUGCCAUUGCAGAGGCUGAGGAACGCGGAGAAGCUGCUGUAAAGGAUGCCAAGAACAAACUGUCUGAGCUGGAAGCUGCUCUGCAGAAGGCCAAGCAGGACAUGGCUCGCCAACUGAGAGAAUACCAGGAGCUGAUGAACGUGAAACUGGCUCUGGAUAUUGAGAUCGCCACCUACAGGAAGAUGCUGGAAGGAGAGGAGUGCAGACUUGCAGGAGAUGGACAUGACUCUGUUAGCAUCUCCGUGAUCAGCAACAAAUCAGCACACAGCGGAAGUAGCUAUCAUCAUAAGGGUGGAUUCAGUUCAGCCAGCAGCUCCAAAGGAAAACACGGCCAUAGCUGUUAAACCAACAGCACUUUAGGAUUUCGCCGGCUCUUCAAUACAUAACAGCAAGAUGUAUUCUCAGCCAAGCGUCAACAUUAGAUUUAAUAGUUGAAUAAUAUAAAAGUAAACUCCUAGUUUUUACCUUUUCCUGCUAUGUAUUGUUUCAGAAAUUUGAAACACCUCCGCUCUUUAGCUAUUCCACUAAAUUUUCCUAUUUCUGUCUCAUUAAUAAAUUGCAUUUUAAAUCAUAA